UUACCAAGUGCAGUGGUGAGGAAUUGGAUCUAACAGAAGUCUCUCCGAGGAAGAUCGUCGCUGCGUUUUGGAAGAAUACUCGUCGACAUAACGUCCAGAUCCUUAAGAGUGUACAACGAUAUAUUUUUUUUUCUUUUCUUUUCCGUGUGCCUCUUCGUCUCCUGAAGGAAGUUAAGGAUCAAGUUAAAAGUGCUAGCGUUGCUUAUGGUAUAUGAAGGGAUCUUCAUAUAUCAGAAGAAAUGCAAGUAAAUCAAAAUAAACCCCCGAAGGAUCUCCAACAGGGUGACGGGGCGAUGGAGGAUGCGCCGGCGAAGGGUAUCUUUUGCCGCUUGGCCACGUGCUUGAGGACCGCCCUGAGACUCAUGACGGUGGAGCCCGUUGUGUUCAUCGACGGGGCGUGCUACUGGUCCAUGACGGUGUUCAUGGAAGUCGUCCAGAUGGAGAAAAUCUGUGCGACUAAUCUCGGGUUUUCAAAAGAGGUGUGCUCCAACCUCUCCGCUCACACCGAUGAGAGCCUCCAAGUUCAAAAACAGUUCAGCAUCUUCGCUUUUUACAACAGCAUCUUCUUUUCGGUUUUCCCGCUUAUAUUCGUGCUUUUCAUGGGUGCUUGGAGUGACAAAUACGGGCGGAAAAUCCCUCUCCUGAUCACCCUGGGCUGCCACGUCCUCUGGUCGGGCGGCUACCUGCUCAACACGUGGCAGACGGCGUGGCCCGUCGAGAUCAUCUACUUCGUGACGUUCCUCGGCUCCGUCGGCGGCGGUCCUCAGGGCCUGCUGUCCUCCGCCAUCGCCUACAUCAGCGACGUGACCUCCGUCAAGACCCGCACGGGCCGCGUGAGCAACACGGUGUCGUCGUGGUACCUGGGAGGUCCCCUGGGCAUGCUGGUGGGCGCCGUGGCCAUCCAGAACGUGGGCGUGGAGCUGGCCCUCGCGCUCGUCUUCGCGGCCUACGUCAGCAUCUUCACCUACGUCUUCUUCUUCAUCAAGGAGAGCCACGGGCCGUUCGCGCAGAUGAAGGGCGUCGAGGAAUCCCCCAUCAAGAAGGAGGACGUGACGAGACUGCGCAUGCUCUCCGACCUGUUCAACUGGCGCCGCGUCCUCGAGUCCUUCAAGACGGCGCUGAGGAAACGCGAGGGCAGCGCCAGGGUCAUCCUCAUCGCGCUCAUCAUCAGCAACAUGGUUCGCCGCGCCGCCAGAGGGUUCUACAUGUACAGUUUCGUCCGCCGAGCUCUGUACUGGGACGCUACUGACUUCUCUUACUGGUCCUCUUACCGCAGUCUUGUCUCCGCCGUUGGGUCGCUCAUUCUGGUCCCAUUGCUCACUCGUCUCAUCUCCGUCUCCGACCCCAUGUUGAUUGUUAUUGGCUCGCUGUCGAUCAUCGGAGAAUACUGUUGCUAUGGCCUCAUCAGCGGGAUAGCCACGGGUUUCUACAUCUGGCUCGGCCCUCCAGCGGGUCUCAUUUCCAACGCCAGCAUCAUUGCGCAGAAGUCCAUGGCGACCAAGCUGGUGUCUUCGUCGGAGAAAGGUCGCGUAAGUGCUGUCAUGGCUGCUACCCAGAGCCUCAUGCCUAUGGUUGGCUACGCAAUGUACGCGCCCAUAUAUCAUCAGACCGUAGAGAACUUCCCCGCUGCCCAGUUUUUCUUCGGUGCAGGAUUGGCUACUCUCAUCAUGAUCACUUUCCUGGCCAUCCAGUUAGCGAAUGUGACUUACGAAAGCGAGUUGGCGGACGUCGAAAAGAUGCCUAAGGAUGCUUCAGCGGGAGACAACACGAUCCAAAUGAAACAAAAGCCGACCUCGGGAACUGAGGAGAAAAAGGAAUCGACUGCCGAUGAUAAAAAACUGACAAACACAUCCCUCGCCGACCAGCCUGUCCUGAACAAGACCAGCGCGGGAAUAACAUACAUCAGUAAGAAUUUCUAUCACCAGAAUGGACUUACGGGAUCAUUAGGAAGACAAAACUCAAAUGAGGGAGAAAGACGACAGGAGAGAGGCGUAAGGGUUAAUGGUUAUCCGAUGUGGCAAGCGUACGAGAACAGUGCCACGGAUGAGGAAAUUCGACAGUUAGAGUCAGUGCCAGUUUCCAAUCGCGACAGAACGACGAGUGAUAGAGAAAAAACUAUUUAAACCCUUAGACCAAAAAGAAAAAAAAAAGAAAACUGUUGUUCUUUUUUGUUGUGUUUAUAAUUUUAGUCAUUCAAGAUGGCCGUGGUAUACUUAAAUGUACUAUUUUCUUUUUUUUUUCUUUAUUCCUUCCAGCGUCAUCUUGUUUAUGGUUAGUGUUUUUGAAUAUUUUGGAUACCAUUUUUCCCAUGUAUUUAUCUAUUUCUGUAUAACCUGCGAUGAUCUACCUAUGAAACUGUGAAAUAUAUGACUGUUCUAUA